AGAGUGGACGCUGGACACCUAAUCCUGUGAAACAAUAAUAAAUUACACGAUGCGGAUGUGUCAGAUCGUUAGCUCCUUUCUCGAGAAACAAACUACAUGACAUGAGUUUGGAAAUUGGAAAUUCCUCCCUUUCCCACAAGCUCAUCUUCUUCCAGUAUUCAUAGAAAUACCCAGCUCCGGAAUCCACCGUUCUUUCUGGGUUUUCUAUCGGGGCCUUCAAAAUCCCACUGGUCCGAAGAAAUUUGUGCACUAUCUUGCUUCGUUGUUUUGCAUUUUGCCCGUGUUUCUGGUGGUGGUUCUUGGGCAGGAUCUGAAAGAUUGUGAUUGUUAUCAAGUGUUGAUUGCGUUUGGGAGUACGAUUGGAGGGAUCAGGCGCCAGACCAAUUUGAAGAAGAAGGUAACUUUAAGCUGAUGUCAGUUCCAGAAAAAGAACUCUUUAUUUGAGUUUGUUGUUGGGAUACUUCUGUUGAUUUGUUUGAUUGGGGAUUGCGGUCAAUUUGGUUCAAGAUUAGGGUUUUCAUCCUUGUAUACUUGGGUCCUCCUUCUAGUAAUUGCAUUUUGAACUGGUGUUUAGGGGGAAAAAGAAAAAGAAACCAACCAAACCCUAGUUUCUCGAGGAAGUUGUAAAUGAAGAAGAUUCUGGGCCUGCUUUAUCUGGUGGUAAUCUCUGUUCUUGUUGAAAUUGGAGAAGCUGAGGCAAAGUCUUUUCUGAUAAAUUGUGGCGCAAAUGGAAGUGUGAAUGUGGAUGGUAGGAAAUGGGUUGGUGAUUUGGAGCCUCAUACCAAUUUGACUGUAAGUUCUGGAAUUGAGGCCUCCAGUUCCACAUUUAAUGGAGAUUCAAUCUAUGCCCCGCUCUAUAAAACCGCCCGGAUAUUCAGUGACACACUGAAUUACACGGUUGAAGUAGUCCCGGGGAAUUAUUUCUUGAGGCUGCAUUUUCCUCUUCUCUCCUUUCAGGACUAUGAUGUAAAUCAAUCUUUCUUUGCCGUUGAAGCAAAUGGUCUCAAGCUACUCUCCGAAUUCAGUGUUCCAGGGGAGAUUUCAGUCAAGAGCUCACACUUGAAGAGUUCACAGAGUAAUUCAAGUUCGAAUGUGUUGAUCAAAGAGUACCAUCUUAGAGUUGACACAAAUAUUUUUCUGAUUGAGUUUACUCCGAGUAAAGGAUCAUUUGGGUUUGUGAGUGCCAUAGAAAUUGUCCUUGUUCUAGAUAACCUGUUUGCGGGAUUGGUAAACAAAGUAGGUGGAAAUGGUGCAAACAGUUAUCUGAAUUUCAGCAAAUAUGGGUUCGAAACUAUGUAUAGGCUGAACAUCGGUGGUUCUGAGAUUAAACCAACCGAGGAUGAUCUUCAGAGAAUGUGGGGAGUGGAUUCUGGAUACAUGCUGAUGGCUGAUGCUGGGAUAGAAAUCAAGAAUAAAUCGAACGUUACCUAUGCUUCUGCUAAUGAUACCUUGAUGGCUCCUCUUCUGGUGUAUGAAACGGCAAGAGCCAUGUCUAACACACAAGUUUUGGAGAAAAGAUUCAACAUGUCGUGGAAAUUUGAAGUGGAUCCUGACUUUGAUUACUUGAUCAGGUUGCAUUUCUGUGAGCUGGAAUUUGACAAGGCAAACCAAAGGAUUUUCAGAAUCUACAUAAACAACCGGACUGCAGUAGACCACUUUGAUGUAUUUGUACGAGCAGGAGGGAUGAAUAAAGCAUAUCAUGAGGAUUAUUAUGAUGUCGUUUCACCAAAAACCAAUACUCUCUGGAUACAGAUGGGUCCUGACACGAGCGUUGUUGCAUCAGAAACUGAUGCUUUCUUGAAUGGUCUGGAGAUUUUCAAGCUCAGUCAAAAUGGAAAUCUGGUUCACAUAGAACAAAAUAGCCAUACAAGAGGUAAGAAGUCGUCAAGGAGUCUAAUGCUUUGGGCAGGGAUUGGUGCAGGUAUAGCUAUUAUUUCAGCUCUAUUCGUGUUCAUCUUUUGCUUAUGCAAAAGUCGACAAAGUAAGCCAGGUGAUGCCAAAAGCAUUUCUCCUGUUUGGCGCCCAUUAUUCCUUCAUGGGUCUGUUCUAAAUAGCACUUCUAACGCCAAGGGAUCGUUGGGAACUCAUAACCAAAUUGGGCCUGUGGCCUCCACUAGAGUUGGUUGGCGGCUCACACUAACAGAGAUCAAGGCAGCAACUAAUAAUUUUGAUGAUAGUUUAGUGAUUGGAGUGGGGGGUUUUGGCAAGGUUUACAAAGGUGAGAUUGAUGAUGGCAUCCUUGUGGCUAUCAAGCGGGCCCACCCACAAUCUGAACAGGGCCUGAGAGAAUUUGAAACAGAGAUUGACAUGCUUUCGAGGCUCAGGCAUAGGCAUCUAGUCUCAAUGAUUGGAUUCUGUGAAGAACAGAAUGAAAUGAUUUUGGUAUACGAGUAUAUGGCAAAUGGGACUCUCAGAAGUCAUCUCUUUGGAGGUGAUCUCCCACCAUUAUCUUGGAAGCAGCGAUUAGAAGCUUGUAUUGGUGCUGCAAGGGGGCUACAUUACCUUCAUACUGGAUCAGAGCGGGGUAUCAUCCACAGGGAUGUCAAGACAACCAAUAUACUACUGGAUGAGAAUUUUGUGGCAAAAAUGGCUGAUUUUGGGUUGUCGAAGACUGGACCUGCUUUAGAACAUACUCAUGUUAGCACUGCAGUAAAAGGAAGCUUUGGAUAUCUUGAUCCGGAAUAUUUCAGACGACAGCAAUUGACUGAGAAAUCUGAUGUUUACUCAUUCGGCGUUGUAUUGUUUGAAGUUGUUUGUGCACGAGCUGUUAUAAACCCAAGUUUGCCAAAGGAUCAAAUCAAUCUUGCAGAAUGGGCAAUGCGGUGGCAACAGCAGAGGUCACUUGAAACCAUUGUUGACCCACACUUAAAAGGAAAAUAUUCACCAGAAUCACUGGAGAAAUAUGCAGAGAUAGCUGAAAAAUGUCUUGGGGAUGAUGGCAAAAGUCGACCAACAAUGGGAGAAGUUUUGUGGCACUUGGAGUAUGUAUUACAAAUUCAUGAAGCCUGGCUGCAUGCCAAUGCUGCAGAUGCCUGCUCUAGCAGUCCGGUUUCCAGGGCUCUUCAGGGAAAGGAAGCUGAGGAGCUCCAGGAAGCCAAAAGUCUGGAUGAAGAAACUGGUUUAGCCAUAAAAUCAAAAGAUACCGUAGAAAGUUCUUCUGUGGGGACCUCUGAAUCAAAUGCUGUGGUUGGAGUCGAAGAAUUCUCACAGCUGGUGAACCCAUGUGUAAGGUGAAACGGAAAGGUAGACACUGAAAGCAAUAUCCAUGUUGCUACGGGCCUAUAUUCUUCGAAUUCUUUAUCCACUGAAAUUACGUUUUGACUUCAAAUACCUGCAUACAAUAUGCAUAUUAUGUUGUUUCCCAGUUAGUUAUAGAGGGGAAGAGAAUAUGUAAAUAUCAUGAUGAUGUCUGUAAGAUUGGGGAAUCAUGCGCCAAGGGUUUCUAUUCCUUUGGUUUGAAGUUCUGUGUAUAUUGGGGAAUCCUUUAUUCUCAAAGCCUAUUACUAUUAUUUCAUUCUUGGAUC